AAACUUUCCGGAUCAGGCGCAGCGCCGAUCUCAGCAAGCCAAUAUCAAAACAUCACAUUCCCUUUUCCUUCUCUUCCAAACCUUUUCUCUUUAUUAAAAUGGUUGCGCUUAACAGAAAAAAGAGAGCUGCCUCUGAGGAAAAGAGUGCUGUGCCGAAGGCGAAGCGCGCCAGAUCCAAGAACGCGUCGGUGCUGAGAUUGACCCAUCUCCCCGAGAUCAAUCCGCUCGCGGUGGCCAAGACGGAGAUCCUCGACGUUUUUGUGUUUGGCACCGGUUCAAUGUGCGAGCUUGGCUUAGGUCCUGAAGCCAAGACAAAGGAGGUCAAGAGACCGCGCUUGAACCCGUUUUUGGGCAAGGAUUCCGUCGGGAUUGUAGACAUUGCUGUCGGUGGGAUGCACACCUUGGCCUUAGACAAAAACGGGAAUAUCUGGUCGUGGGGUGGUAACGAUUCUGGCGUUUUGGGGCGCGACACGACACUCUCCCAGGAACAACUCCGUGACAUGGACGAUGACAGCGACGACGAAGAUGGGGAUCUCAACGCGGUUGAAUCCACCCCAGCAAAGGUGGAGGGGCUUCCCGAAGACGUUACCGUGGUCCAGAUCGCCGCUACCGAUAACUUAUCGGCUUGUUUGACCUCCGCUGGUGAUGUCUACACGUGGGGGACCUUCCGCUGCAAUGAGGGUGAGCUCGGGUACUCCCAGGGUAUCAAAGUCCAGCUCACGCCAGCCAGAAUGGAGACGCUCAGCAGCAUUGUGCAGUUGGCUCCUGGUAAAGACCACAUCAUGGCGUUAGACACCCGCGGGCUCGUCUAUGCGUGGGGUAACGGCCAGCAGCACCAAUUGGGCAGACGUGUGCUCGAUAGAUUCAAGACGGGAGCCUUGGAGCCUCGCGAGUUUGGCUUGAGAAAUAUCAUGUUCAUCGGUUCCGGCGAGUUUCACUCGUUUGCAAUCACUCAUACCAACAAGGUCAUGGCGUGGGGGCUUAACCAAUACGGUCAAUGCGGGAUUCCGAUCGACCUCAAGGACGAGUCGGUCGUCACCAAGCCGACCGUGGUGGUUGAUUUGUUGGACAAGGAAAUUGUAAACAUCACAGGUGGGGAGCACCACUCCAUCGCGUUGGCUAAGGAUGGCUCUGUCUAUACGUUUGGCAGAUAUGACAUGAAGGAGGUUGGUAUUGCCAAGAGCGACUUGCCAGAAGGCACGUUCAGGGAUGAGAAGGGGAAUGCCAGAUCCGUGCCAAUUCCAACCAAGUUGGUGCUUCCAAAAUGUAAGGCCGUUGCCGCCGGGUCUCACCACACCUUAGCCGUGACCGAGGAUGGUCUGGUAUUCACGUGGGGUUUCGCCGACACCUAUGCUGUUGGUUUGGGGAACACCGAGGAAGAUGUCGAGGUUCCUACGAGAAUUAACAACACCGCAACAAAGUUCUAUGAUAUCAAGGUUAUUGGUGGUGGUGGGCAGUUUUCCGUAAGUGGGGGGGUCAAGAUGGACGAGGAUGAGGCAGAGGAUAGAAAUGAAAAGUACGAUUAGACGGGACUAAGCCCGAGGAACUUGAGACUAGGGCCCAAUAUAUGAAAUUAAACGCGGGGAAGAUUAUUUGUCCUAGGAGCUAGUACAUUUCUGAAAGUUCUAGCAAAAGAUUAAUAAAUGUGCCAAUGAAUGUUAAUUGCUGCAAUGUGGAAUAAACGCCUGAAAUAGGAGAUAGGACUAAAGUUUACAGAUGGAGCAAUCUCCCCAAAAGACCAAUAGCGAAUUUUCUAAAAACUUCACUAAAUAUACACACGG